GACAAACUCCCUUAUAAAUAAUCUUGUUUUGGUUACUAAUUUUCCCCUUUUUUCGCAAAAUGGACAACAGCUGGUGACAUCAUAGACGGUUUGGACGAAUCAGCUGACCCUUGCGAAGACUUCGUGAGGUUUGCCUGCGGGGGUUGGUUCCGAGAGCAUCCCAUUCCCUCUUUGGAAUUUCGCUGGGGGCUCUUUGAUAAAGUGGAAGAGCAGACGGUUUAUGAUAUCAAAGGACUUUUGGAGAAAGAUUAUGAAGAAAAUGAAACUUUCCCCGUGAGAGCUGCGAAAAAAGUUUUCAAAGCUUGUGUCAACAGCACCGCGUGGAGGGAGGUCAGCUUACGACCUCUCCUUGACCUGCUGCAGAGCGAGGGUGGUCUCCCGAUGCUCGACUCGAACUGGACUGGCGACGACUUCGACUUCGUGACGUCGCUGGCCCGGAUGAGGGGUUUGUACGGCGGGAUGGCCGUCGUCAGCGUCACGGUAGAAAUGGACAGUUUUAAUACUUCUUCGAACGUUAUUCUGCUGGGUCAAGGGCUCCUGCAGAUGCGCCGAGAAUCGCUCCUGGAGGAGAACACCACCGCCAACAAGGACGCUUUCCUGACGCACAUGCGCACGUCCGGAGCGCAGAUGCUGUUGGAGUUGGGCCGAGACACGGAGCAGGCGCUGGCGACGCUGGUGGAGGAUAGCCUCGCCAUGUGGAAUUUCUCCGUCGAGUUGGCGAAGAUCACGGUCCCGGACUCGAACCUCACCGACCCUUCGACUGGUUGCGAUUCCUCCAAGAGACGUUUCGCGAAGCCCAAGUCGAGGUCACCGGCGAAGAGAGAAUCGUGGUCGAGGUUCCGAACUACCUGACGGCGCUGAUGAGGGUUCUGAAGGCGACGCCGAAGAGGGUGCUGGCAAACUAUUUACUGAUGCAGCUGGUUCAAGGCAUGGCGGAUGAGGUCGUGGCGGCCUCUCGAGAGGACCACCGGAAACUCAACUCGCAGAAGGACGUGAAGUCCUUUGGUCGUAGCAGUGGGAGAGCAUGGUACGACUGUGCUCAAAAGACCAACAAGAUCCUUGAUAUGGCAGUCGGUUAUUUGUAUAUAAAAAAUCGAGUUGGUGAGAAUGUUGUUCAUAUGGCCAGGGAAGUGGUCGAGAACAUCAAAGGCGCCUUCAGGAACAUGCUGACGACGGCGUCGUGGAUGGGGUCAGCACGCGAGGAGGCCCUCAAGAAGGUGGAUAAUAUGAUGAUGCUUGUGGGUUACCCGGACCUGCUGACGAAUGAGACCAGCUUGGAGGAAUACCAUAGCAGGCUUCCGAAGAUGAGCGAACAGACGCAUUUCGAAAACAUGAUGGCACUCUCUCGGUGGCACAGUUUGCGCUCCCUGGCACGGCUGAGAAAACCUGUUGUUAGGAAAGGCUGGGCUCGCGGACCCGUCGAGACAAACGCAUUUUACAGUACUCUCCAAAACAGUAUUAUCAUCCCCGCAGCGGUACUGCAACCGCCCAUUUUCCGGAGGGAGCCUCUUACUCCUCCUCUCGACAGACGUGCACAUCCCCGGCGCCUUCCGGAUCAAGGGCGUCUUGCAGAACCUUCGGGAGUUUUCCCACGCCUUCGGAUGCGCUGCUAAUGCCACUUUUAACCCCGAGAGAAAGUGUGUCCUGUGGUGAUUUCGUGGGGGAGUUGCCGUCUUGCGAGGUUGUUUUUUUGAAAUUAAAUAAAAGGGUAGUUUGUGUUAUGUAGAUUAAUAUUUUGGGUUUUUGUUGUUUUUUUUAUCUCUCGCUUUUUUGUUAUGAGACUUUGGUUAUAUGUUUAUAAAAAGUUUGUCCGUUUUUUUUUAUAUAGAGUUUUUUUUUCUAUUACUUUUGAUAUAGAGUAUGUAUGUUUUUUUUUUUUUUAUAUUUCUUAUUUAUCAAUAUAAUUUCAUUUAUUUUUCCUUAUUAUAGAGAUUCUGUCUACAUGGAGGUUAUCUCUCAUUCCUACUUAUUUCUGUUUAUAUAACAAUUCACUCGUUUAUUCAUCUGUAUAAUCAUUUAUUCGUUUAUUUAUGAUAAUAUAGAAGUUAGU